GCUUGAUGAUGCUCGUCCCUAAUGGACGGCUGCUGCUGUAGGUUGAGUGUGGGCUGCUGCUGUGGGUUGGGUGUGGGUGCACUAGGCGGGUUCAUCACUCAGAGAGAAGAGAGCUGCUGGCAGCGAGAAAACCACCAACACACCCAGGCCGUCCCACCAGAAAGACACCUGGACGAACAGAGCAGCAGACUCGGUAAGCAGCGUACAGAAACGUGUCAAGCUAAUGAAGCAGUACAAAUACGAUCCACCAAAUUAGAUCCAUCAAAUAGGCGGUCUCGAGCAAAAGCGGCCUUGCAGGCUGAGUCUGCUGGGCUGAUGUUUGGGCUCGGCGUGUGGCUGUGGUGCGAAGAAGGGGAUGCCACUGGAUGCGUUGAAUGGUGUGGGAGCUGGCCAUCAAGAUAUCCAGGCAUCCACACAGCCAUCCAACCUGCACACAUACACACAGGAAGAGAUGGCACGGAUGCCCUCUCUCUCUCUCUCUCUCUCAUUUGUAUGUCUCCCGUCCGUUACGUGUUGAUAAAGGCCUUCGUACACGGCGGCCUCGAGCUUCCCGAAGGGCAGUUUGCCCACCGUAGCGAACAGCUGCCUCAGCCCACCAAAGACCCCCUCAUGGAUGGACUCUGUGCGCAUGCCAGCACAAAAAUGCAAAUACAUGCGUGAUGUGUGUUGAUUGAUCCCCUCACUCAUAUGUACACACAUCUCUCUCUCUCUCUCUCUCUCUCUCUCACACACACACACACACACACACACACCGGGCAUCAUGUUGGCGACCUCCCUGCGCCAUCUGGCCUCCAUCGCGUAGCGGGUGUGGACGAAGCGCUCGAUGGCGUCCGUGACCUCAUUGUCUUCCCACCAGGAGGGAGGGUACUUGGCCAAGGUUGCCUUGAGCCGCUUCCACGCGCCCUGGUAUGGCACCCAGCCAGUGCGCGCGUCGGUGCUGAGGAGGCUGAGCACACAUCGAAGGCUCAUCGAGAGGUCGUCCCUAAGAAGGGAAGGACAGAAGGAAAGAAGGCGAUUUUGCACUGGCUAAGCGCCUGACGGACCUGCACGAUAGCUGGCGGCCAUUGAAGCUCUGGAAGCUGGCGCAGGCCAGAGUGCCACGCAUCGUGUGGCAUUGACCCGCCGCAGCUCCGUCUGACCCGGCACCUGCGACCGGCUGAGGUCGAUUUCAGGAGCAGGGUGAUGCAUUCGCGUGUGGUGGUGGUCCAACGUGCACUGCGUGUGUUGGGCUUCGCACAAGUUCGAUCCGUGGCAUCUUACCUGCACGGAAGAAUGAGGAUGCGGCAGGUCGAAAGAGGCGUGAGCUGGUCAUGCGUAGUCAGCCGUGGUUACAGGAAUGACAAAGAAGAG